GAGAGGAAGGGAUCUUUCGAGUGUUUUUUCACCUUUCCGUGGAGGGGUUCAGGUCACGCAUCUCCGAGGGUUAUGAUCCGUCCCGAGCCUCGUCUUCACGUCGCUGUCCAUGGUCCUGAGUGAGACGGAGCGACCACGGAGCCGUGAGGUGAAGAGCUCAGGGGCGAUGGAGUUACGCGUGGGGAACAAAUACCGCCUCGGGAGGAAGAUAGGGAGCGGGUCAUUUGGAGACAUCUAUCUUGGUUCCAACAUUGCUACAGGAGAGGAGGUAGCCAUUAAACUGGAAUGUGUGAAGACCAAACACCCGCAGCUCCAUAUUGAGAGCAAGUUCUACAAAAUGAUGCAGGGAGGAGUGGGAAUUCCCGCCAUCAAGUGGUGUGGAGCGGAGGGAGACUACAAUGUCAUGGUGAUGGAGCUGCUGGGUCCCAGUUUGGAAGACUUGUUUAACUUCUGUUCCCGCAAGUUCAGCCUGAAAACCGUUCUGCUGCUGGCAGAUCAGAUGAUAAGUCGGAUUGAAUACAUCCACUCUAAGAACUUCAUCCACAGAGAUGUAAAGCCUGAUAACUUCCUUAUGGGCCUCGGGAAGAAAGGCAACCUGGUCUACAUCAUCGACUUUGGUCUGGCAAAGAAGUACCGGGACGCCAGAACACACCAGCACAUCCCUUACCGCGAGAACAAGAACCUCACUGGGACGGCACGAUACGCUUCUAUCAACACUCAUCUGGGUAUCGAGCAGUCGAGGCGAGACGACCUGGAGUCUCUGGGUUACGUUCUCAUGUACUUCAACCUGGGUUCUCUGCCUUGGCAAGGACUGAAAGCUGCAACCAAGAGGCAGAAGUACGAGCGCAUCAGCGAGAAGAAGAUGUCCACCCCCAUCGAGGUGCUCUGCAAAGGAUACCCCUCUGAAUUCUCUACUUACCUGAACUUGUGUCGCUCUCUGCGGUUUGACGAUAAGCCUGAUUACUCCUAUCUGAGGCAGCUCUUCAGGAACCUUUUCCACAGACAGGGCUUUUCCUAUGAUUACGUCUUUGACUGGAACAUGCUGAAGUUUGGAUCCAGCAGGACAGCAGAGGAUGGAGAGAGAGAGAGGAGGGAGGGGAAAGAAGGAGAGGAACGAGGAGGUGCGGGUCAAAGAGGAGGUGGGGGUCGAGCUUUACCUCCGGGUCCAAACCCCUGCGCUGCCAACAGAGUCAGGAACGAGCCAGAGACCACUCCUUCCAACCAGGCCUCCCGUGGAGCCCAGCCAUCAGGGAACCGCUCCCCUCAGGCAGGCAGAGCAGAGAGGGCUGAACGAGAACGGAAGGUGGCCAUGAGGCUUCACCGUGGCGCCCCCGCCAAUGUCUCCUCCUCUGACCUCACAGCACGCCUCGACCAGUCUCGUAUCACUGCAUCACAGGUCAGUGUGCCGUUUGAACAUCUGGCAAAGUGACAUUCUUCUUGCAGUUUUGCAGAAACCUAAGGGCAUCUAACACCCCCGACUUUUUCAAAUAAAAUCGAACGAAUGAAGACGUGAAUGAGUAAAGGAAGAGGACGAAGAGGCAGCACUGCGAACGAAGACCCAGAGCGUCUGUCUGUGUGUCUGCCGGUUUGCCAUGUAAGCAUGCGCAGUGCCAAAGCCUUGGGAGAUGACGGAGAAACCAGUAAAAAGAAGAAGAACCUGCAUCCUGGACCUGCUUAAGGCUGCUCUUCAAACUAGUGGUGAGUGAAGGGAGCUGGGUGCAACUUUACAAGGCCUAGGCCCGUCUUCACUCCUAUUCACCUUCACAUCGAUGCAGCAGCUCAAUUUGCAUAAAAAAAGAAAGAAAA